UCAACUUCAAAAUGGCUGACAUUCCUUACAUUUUUUUUGUAAAUGUCAAUCUCCCGCUGACAGUUGCAUGAAAUAAUUGGACUUUUUGAAAAUUUUCUAUCUAAUCUUUAGUAUCGAAUCAACAUGGCUGAUCCAAAAUACGCCGAUUUACCGGGAAUUGCAUACGACCAGGCUGAUGUUUAUGAGACUUCGGACUUGCCAGAAGCUGAACAGCUUCCAAUUUAUGCAGAGGAUGAAACAGACUCUAUUGAACGUUUGCACACAAGCGCUACUGAAGCCUUCAAUAAAUUCAAAGGAAAGCGUGUUCUCAGCCAAGGUGUUGAUUUUUCUGACAGGAUUUCAAGAAAACCAAGAACCGGCUAUAAUUCUGUUUUCGGAGACUUGGAGUUGCCAGGUGAGGGGGAGCAAGAAACACCAAUUCAAAAAUCCGAAAGGUUGCAGUUUGAGCUGAAAGAACUUUUCGAAGAAGUUAACACACUCAAAGAGAAAACAAAUGAUGAGGCAGAACAAAAAAGUGUGGCAGAACUUCUGUCCCAGGUUGAGACAAUGGGAAAACAAUUAAAUUGCCUGAAAUUGGAAGAAACACUCAGCAGCAAUCUGGUCGCGACUCUUGCUGAUCCUCAAGGUGCCAGCUUGAAACAAUUGAUGUCGCAGAUAGAGUUAUUCAAGCAAACGGGUUCGACGAAAGUCAGGGAGGACGAAUCGGAACCUACUAAAGUGGAUAAUUCGCAAACUGAGCCUGGAAUAUUAAAAUAUCAGAUGAUGUAUUUGCCGGAAAAGGCUCGUCUUCAGGAAUCUCAAAGGAUAGCGGGAGUGGAGCAAAGAAUCGCUAGAUUGGAAAAUGUUUUAGGCGCGAGUAACGAGAAACUUGGAAAAUUUUCGCAAACUCUGAAGACCCAAGGAAUCGUCGAGGCGGUUCAACAAUUGUGCGCAAAAUCAGCCUUGCUCGACAGCACUCAGAUCGAGGCAAUGACGAGUAGGCUCUCAACGCUUUCUCAUCGAAUGGACAAUUUAGCACAGAAAAAAUCGGCUGCUCAACAAGACACGGAAAGAGAACAAAAAAUUGUGGAGAUGUACGAAAUCAUGAAAAAAAUCGAAGCUUCCUCGGACAUUGUACCUCAAACGGUCAAUCGCAUGUUGGCUCUUAGCUCUAUUCAUCAGCAAGCUGCAGAGUUCGGAAAAUCACUGGCGCAAUUAGAGCUUCUACAAACCGACAUAACCAAUGGACUGGACAGCAACAAAGCCUUGCUUAAAGGAGUUCAAGAAAGUUUUGCCUCGAAUUUGGAAUCCAUACGCAACAAUUUAGCAUCUUUGGACGAGAGAGUAAAAAAACUGAACAAAUGAUCAUCCGCACUAAUACUUCAGUUAGAGUUAAUAUGAAACGCACUCGCUUUGUCACUGAUAAAACAAUAAUUGUCAGCUUAUUAUUUAUGGAGCUUCUUUUAUGUGGAGGUAUUAAUAAAUAUUGAGGAAAACACAGAAUAAA